AUGAACAAGAAAUUGCACCUUCAUCAUGGCCAUCAUGGCCUUGAGUUUCUUUCUGAUGAGUUGAGGUAUCUCCACUGGGAUGGAUACCCAUUAAGGUCUAUGCCAUCUAAUUUUCAAGCAGAGAAACUUGUUGAACUGAACCUAGCAUACAGCAACGUUAAACAACUAUGGACAGGAGUGCAGAAUCUUGUGAGCUUGAAAGACAUUAAUCUUAGCUACUCUGAGCACUUGACUACUUUCCCAGACCUGUCACAGGCCAAGAAUCUUGAAAGAAUUAAUUUUGAAAACUGUCCUCACUUUUUAGAAGUGUCGUCAUCCAUUCAGUUUUUAGACAAUCUUGUUGAUUUGAAUAUGAAAUGCUGCAGAAGCCUUAUGCAUCUCCCGAUUGGCACUAACAUGAGAUCUCUGAAGACUAUCAACCUUUCUGUGGACAUAAGGUAUUUAAAUUUGAACGAGACUGCCAUAGAAGAACUGCCCAAAUCAAUUGGGAAUCUCGGCCGACUAGUUACUUUGAAUCUAAAGGACUGUAUACAUCUUAGGAAUCUUCCAGAAAGUGUGCAAAGGUUGAAAUCUCUUUUGAUUAUUGAUCUCUCUGGCUGCUCAAACAUCACUAGUCUUCCAGAUAUGUCGACAUAUAUAAGAUACUUGUACUUGAGGGGAACUGCAAUAGAAGAACUUCCCUCCUCAAUUGGCCAUCUCACCAAACUCUGUUGUUUGGAUUUGAAAAACUGCAAAAGACUUAAGAACAUUCCUUGUGACAUUUCUAAGUUGGCGUCUCUUGAAAAUCUUAUUCUUUCUGGUUGCUCAAACAUCAGCAAGUUUCCAGAUGUUUCAAGGAAUGUAAAGAAGUUGUUUUUAGACGAAACAAGUAUACACAAAAUCCCCUCUUCAAUUGAGUAUUUAUGUAAGCUUGAGGAAUUGAGCUUGCAAAAGUGCUUAAGUUUUCAAAUUCUUCCUAGCAGUAUUUGUAAGCUGAAAUCCUUGCAAAGGCUUAAUCUGUCAGGUUGCUCCAUGUUUCAAACUUUUCCUGCAGUUGUAGAGGUUAUGGGAUCAUUGAGGUAUCUUUAUUUAGACGGAACAGCCAUUACAAGUCUCCCCUCACCUAUUGAAAAUUUGAAGGGGCUUUCAAGCUUGGAAGUGAGAAACUGCAGAAAUCUUUCCAUAUUGCCACCAGUGAUCUUGGGUGUUAUGAACGUGCCUGACAGAGAAGCAAAUAGUCUAUAUUUACGGAAGCUAUAUCUUACUAAUUGCAGUUUAUUGGGCGUGCCUUAUAGCAUCGGUUACUUAUUCUCACUUGAAGCACUAGAUCUAAGUGGAAAUAGUUUCAGACACCUACCUGGAAGUAUCCAUAAGCUCUUUCAGCUUCAAUACCUUGGUUUAAGAAGUUGCCAGAAUUUAAAAUCAUUACCAGCACUUCCACCGCAGCUGACAAAAUUAGACGCACAUAAUUGCAUUUCACUGUCUAGAGUACCUUUAUAUUCAAAUGGAUUAGUGGGAAAUAUUUUUGAAUUCUUUUUCACUGACUGUUGCAAUUUGUCCUUCACUGCAAUGCACAACAUCAUGAACCACGCCCUCACAAAAUUUUGGCACUAUGGGAAAAAACUGCGUCAUCAGAUGCCAUCGGUUCUAGCAGGGGAAUCUAGUUUUUGCAUUCAUGGAUAUAGAAUUCCGAGGUGGUUUGGCCAUCAAAAUGAAGGAUUUUCUACGAGAAUGCGGCUACCUUCACAGUGGGCUAACAUCCAGUUCAUGGGAUUCAAUCUGUGUGUUGUUAUUAAAUUCAAUAACUAUAUGGGUAACAAUGGUUUCCAGGUUAGAUGUCGAUAUCGUUUAAAAAAUGAGGAUGGAGAGUGCAGAAAUCUCCAUUCCUAUUUUGGUGGUUGGUACGGUGAAAGAACUCUCUGUACUUAUCAUGACAAAGAGUUUGGGAGACAAUAUCCUAUGUUCUUCGGGUAUGAUCCAUGUGUGGACGCUACAAAAGAUGAUCAUUUCAGUAAAUAUAGAGAGUUAGUAGUUGAAUUCUACCCUGAAGAUAUGGAUGGCAAUCCUUUACACGGUUGCAAAGUGAUGAAUUGCGGUGUACGUCUACUAUAUUCUGAAGAGAAUUUAUUUUGUCGAUGUCGUUUUAUUGGACAACAGAAAGAAGAAGAAUUAGACAAAAUUGCUGGGAGUCUAAAUUUUCGUGCAAGAUAUAGAGUUGAUUGUCUUCGACCCUUUGCGUGUUUUGAUGUAGGUGAUGAAGAAUUAGGCCCUGAAGGAGUCGAACAGAUCAACAUGUCUAACAAAAAAGAAAAAGAAAAUGAAAAAGUAGAAAAUGAGCAUUGGAAGUUUGUAAAGCACUCCAACUUAUUUUUUUAACAUUUAUAUAUAUAUAUAUAUAUAAAUGUAAUUUUUUAAACAUGAAAUUGCAGUGAUUAGAAUAGUUUUAAGUUA